AUGGAGCCUACUCUAACUUCCGUUGAUCUGGCCAUUUCCAUCCAGUCCUCUUCUACAGUCUCAGAGAAUACAACCAUCACUCCCCCAGCCCCGAUGACCUUGUUGGAAAUCACUCCAUCUGUUACCACUGAGGCUCCUGUUGUCUUUGCACCGCCCGUGGAGUCGAGUAUUCCGACGGUGGCCGUUGACCCAUCGAAGCCCAUUGCCGCCCCAACAAUUACUUCCAAUACCGAGCCCAUACAUGCUGCUACCACAGUCAACUCCAUCACUAACCCUGGCUCCUUAUCCAGAAGUUCCUUAAGCGAAGUCAACUCGGGCAAGCCUACUUUCUACGGCGGCAGUGUAGCCGGAGGAGCCUGCUCUUUCAGCGGCUACACCAUUCCCUCCAACCCAUUCCGAACUGCUCUUUCUUAA